AGCGGGAGCUGCGCGAGUAUCUGCACGUCGCUGUGGCGGCUGCUCGCCAGGCGGGCGAGGUGAUUCGUCGCAGCUUCUAUGCGCCAAAGGACGUGCAGCACAAGGGAAAGUUCGACCUGGUCACAGAAACGGACAAGCAAUGCGAGGCACUCAUCAUGCAGCACAUCUCAGCCGCUUACCCUUCCCACAAGAUCAUAGGCGAGGAGGAGUCAUCAGUGCAUGGCACGGCGGGGCUGUCAGAUGACCCCACGUGGAUGGUGGACCCCCUCGAUGGCACCACCAACUUCAUACACCGGUACCCCUUUGUGUGUGUGUCGAUCGGGCUGGCGAUCAGCAAGGUGGUGGUGGUGGCCGUGGUCUUCAACCCCAUCCUCAAUGAGGCACGCCCCCCUGCCCACCAUGCCACGCGUCUCUCAACUCCCUCAUGCAUGCCAUUCGCCUCUCAACUCCCUCAUGCAUGCCAUUCGCCUCUCAACUCCCUCAUGCAUGCCAUUCGCCUCUCAACUCCCUCAUUCAUGCCAUUCACCGCACACGCAUCCCCCGCUCUGCACACAACAAUCGGCACCAAGAGGGAUGCCGCCACGGUGGAGGGGAUAGCAGCGCGCAUCAGCACGCUGCUCUUCCAGGUGCGCUCGCUGCGCAUGGGGGGGUCGUGUGCGCUCAACCUGGCGGGCGUGGCGUGCGGCCGCCUCGACCUCUUCUACGAGAUCGACUUCGGGGGGCCCUGGGAUGUAGCAGCGGGGUCGCUGAUAGUGGAGGAGGCAGGUGGCCUCUGCUUUGACCCGUGA